CACAUAUGGGUUUGCACCAUGUGCCAUGAAGGGCUCACAGCAUGUGUCCAAGAAGAAAGGGUUUGGGCCCAGCUCGAGGCGAGCUUUCAAGAAGGCCAAUGCUGCGAAGAGUGAGACUCCAAUAAAUGAAAAGGAAAAACAUGAGGCUCUCCAGACUAACUCAGUUCACGAUGACUCGGGUUCCAGGCAGUCCAACCUAAAAGAAGCUUCCCAUGUUGAAGACCAAGACGAGUAUGAACGAGCUGGUUUGGUGCACGACAGCAUGUUCGAGACCUUCGAUGUUGAAGGAGUUCAGCGCAAAGUCUUGUUUCUGAAGAAUUUAAGUGCUGAUAGGAUAUCCCGGUCUGAUGAAAGCCUUUCCAAGCUCGUGGAGGGCUUUGUUCCAAGACUGCCAAAGUUGGUGAUCCACCUUUGUAUGUCCAAAGGCUUCAAUGAACAUGUUUGUGCAGUUGAGAAGUUCUCCAUCAAGCAUCAGUCAGCUGGUUACGUACCGCGACAUCCACCCUUUCCAUCCGGGACUGUUGUAGUGCCUCUUGAGCCAGACUGGCCAAAAAAGCUCAACAGUGCUUGCAGCGCAUUGGGAUCUUAUUUUGAGGGUCGCGGUGGGAACGCGCAAAGAAAGCUUCAACGCAUCAUUCGCAAAGCCAACGGAGAUAUUUUUCCUCUCAAUGUCAAGCAGGUCGAGAGCUUAGCUGGGCUUGAUAGUUUGAAACUAUCAAUCAGAGGCAAGGUUCAAGAUCUAAAGCUGCAAAAAGAUAGGCUCGUGUUCAAAGACAACGAGGAGCGGGGCUUCUUCAAAAACCUUGACACUGAAGCUAAUCGUUUGCGCAUUGGCGACUACAAGAAGGAGGGGAAAGAAGUGCAUUUUAGACCCUUCACGGGGGUCAAAGUUGAGGAAGGGCCGGCUGAUGCGAAACAGAAGAUUAUGAAGUUUGAUUGCAGAGACUGGGUGAAACUCAUGGAUUUGGCAGAGCAUUUGAAGGCAUUUGACAUUGAACUGGUUCCGAACAGCCCUGCUCAAACGCCGCUCGGAGGGCGACUUCCAACGAAAGCAGACUUUCCACUGUCAGUAGAAGUUGUGGGCGAAGAACAACAGAAGAGAGGACGAGAUUGCGAAGAACGCUUGGAUCGGUUUAUGUCAGAAAUUGUGCUUCCUCUUGCCAUUGAAACGAAUGCAAUGAUCCUUUGCACAGGUCUUAGCCCAAUUUGUGCAUUGACAGAGUCGCUCCUCAAAGCAGUGUCUACAAGGCAAGAAACGUGGGCAGAUCACCCUCCCUUCACCAUCAUUUGCACAACGGCUCACAUGUUUCACUUGUACAGUUCAGAGCGGCAGGACUCCCAGGAAGACCUCUUUUGGCACAAAAUCCAGAAGGGCUCAAAAAAGUGGAAAAGCCGUGAUCAAUCCAUCAGAGACUGUUUCAACAAGAAAGAUGGCGCUCAAGCUGGUGCAACGAACACAGCUACGCUGAAACCCCGCAGUUUCGAUUUGCACAGCUCAUCUUUGAACUAUCUCAUCGUAGACUCUAUCGGUGGUUCAGCAAAAGAUGCCGAUGAACACCUUGAGGCAUAUAUCCCAUAUAACAACCUUGUACGAAACCUCGUGAAGCAUUUGUGGCAGCGCCUGCCAGUAUUUGCUGUAAAGACUGGCGGUGGUGAUAGACAUACACUUCAAAGUGUACGUGCCAGUGUCGAUGCUAGUGCAUUGCAUUCUACUUUGGAGUUCCUUGUUGCCGGCAUGCCUGUCCUUUGGGUGGACGUGCGCCGGAGGAGUUAUGUUGGGCCUUCAAAAGGAGAAUUGAUUUCGAUGGAGAGGGCAAAUGCUGCGCGGGAAAUGCUUCAAAGUGCUAAGGAAGGUUUCGUGAAGGACACCGAACUACUAAAACUUCAACAGCCAAGAGUGGCUGACACUUUGGACGCUUGUGCCAUUGCUUACUUUUUGAAGAUAUUGCAACAUGUCCGUGAAUUCAGGUCAGCGCACUUGGGCAAGAAGAUGAAGUGGACCAAAAAUGCUGCAUUCGCAGCGCGGAAGAUUGGACUGAACGGCCCUGAAGGGAUAUUUCCUUCUUUGAACUCUUCAACUUCCAGGUUCCCGUGGCCCAAGGCAGCCCAAGGGUCUGAAGGACGUGAAGAUGAAGACCGUCAAGGAACAUCCUCCAAAGGUGGGGAAGGCCAGCGAGGGUGGAGUUUUCUACGACGCAAUCAAGAUUUGUUGACGACUUUUGGGAAAAAAGACGAUGAAAAGACCGAAGUACAUGCAGCUUCGUCUCCUGACUCUUCCGCGACUUCUCCUGAUCCUGGUGUGUCCGUUAUGGUUUCAAGUCCAAUCAGCCCUGUUGACAGGGCUAUCACUGCCGACCUCUCUGCCGCUGACGACAUCCUGGGUGGUGACUGGGAAAGCUUUGACAUGGAGCUUGAUGGCAAUCUCGAGACUGUCAGCGAGAGCAAUCCAAUCAGCGAGAGGCGAAGAUACAGAAGAUGCAGUGGAUGUGGAUUGUUUCGAUGCUUCCGAUAUCUCUUUGAAAACGCUCGUAAGCAGUCUACGGAUUUGCAUGGUUCUUCUGACUCGGAGGAGGGGGACCAAGAUCCAAGGCCCAGGAGGGAUCUUAUUGAGGAAAGUGAGCGAGACUACCGCAGUGAAGUUGCUGCGUGGCUGGCAGAGAAGAUGUUUGCAGAUGCCCGGUAUGUCCUGCAGAACGAAAAAGAUGAGCUCCAAAGUGAGUUGAGAGAGGGAGGAGAGCUCAAGAAGCGCCCACAGGAAGUCGAUGAUGUUUCCUAUGAGCAACAAAUAGCAGCAAUGACUUUUUGGGUCCGCGAGAUUCUGUCUUCUGAGAACUCCUUUUCUGUAAAUGUGCACAGCAAUUUCUUGAGGGUUCGGAAAGAGGUGAUGAGAUUGGCAAUGUUGAGUAGACUGCCGGAUGAAAAUGAUAUCAAAGGCUCUCGCUUGCUGGAGGAAGCAUGGAAGGAUUACUUUGCAGCAAUGAGCAUGGCCGAUCAAUACAAGCUUCUAUGUCGAAGACUGUUUUUGCUGCAGCUUCUUUUUGGAUUUCUAAUGAGUGCUGUGACCGCAUUUCGUGCUGACAGACAGAUGAUGUCCCGUAUGGCCCAAUUGCAUUUUGCUUAGGACUUGCAGCCUCAGCCCUCAUUUCAUUCAUGGACCCUGGGAUACUAAUACAGGGCUACUAUUCACUUGAGGAUCCCAACAUAGAAAAAAAUAUAUAAAAAUAUUGAAUAUAAGGAAACAUAUGAAAACCUAGGGAAAAAUAUAAAAAAAUACAAAAAAAUACAAAAAAAUAUUUCAACAUAUAGCACAAGAGGCCAAGGAAAUGUCAAACAAUGUAUCUCUGUGUCCACCCAAUCUGCCCACAAUUCUUUUCACUUCCUCUGGUAGACAGUCUUGUCAGGUAGUGAUUUAAUCACUCCCUGCAAUGCUGUGAACAAAGACUCUUCAACUUGACCUGGCUCUUGUGCUGACUUCCCUUCAGGAAGUUCUAGAUUCAGAUCCAUGGCUAGGGACCACUUUGUCCAAGCCCAAUGGUGUAUUGUCUUCAACUUCUCUUGCCAAUCACUUUCUGAUUCAGCAUUGAAAGACCUUGAACAGCUUUGCUGUUUGUAUUGGCCCUCCCAGUGGACAGAACGCUCAGUUUUUCUGAAAGAAACUGUCCACCUGUGGUCAUUCUUAUUCAAUGAGAACCUGAAUCCUGGGCCAUCCAAGCAACUCAGUACAUCUGGA